AUUUUAUUAAAAUUUUGGAUUUUUUAAAAAAUUUAUGAUAAAAAAAUCAAGAAUCUUGCAUCACCUUUUUCAAACUAUACACAAGACCACUCAACAAAAUGCGUGGCAUACAAACAUUCGUAAGUGGACGCUAUGCACGGCGUGCAGCGUUCGUAAUAUUUUUAUGGGGUUUAUUAAUAAUAGCAGCAUUAAAUUUUCGAAGUUACCCAUUAGAAGUCGAUAUACCUCCUUUAACGGGCGUAAACAGUCGACUCUUACUUCAAAAACGUAUAAUCGAUUCAGCUAAUGGAAUUGCGCUGACAUCCACAACGGAAAAUAUCUUAGAUUUAACUCCAUUUGUAGAUAAUUCCCCUGGCAUGAGUGAAGAUCGUAUUCUAGAAGAAGUCGAAAAACGUUUACCCAGUUUACCGAUUGUCUAUUGGAAUAAAAAUAAAAACUAUGCAAUGCGUUUAAAUAAAACUUGCGCUCGAAUGCCUAGUAUUUAUGAGCUCGAGUUCAAUAAUAUUUAUUGGCAGAGUCUGCAAACUUCGAAUGGGAGUUUCCAUUUUUAUGGUGCGUAUUAUGAUAUACGAAAAAAUAGUCGAAUUGGACCCACAAUUCGAAUAUUAGGAAUGAUAAAUCGUAUUGAGCCCACAGUAAAAACUUUCUGUCAAAUAUGGUUUGAGAAUCUAAAAGAACCAGCGAUAGUUAAAACAUGGGAAUACAAAUACAUCUGGAAUAAGAAAUGGGGUAAUUAUAAGCAAGGAAUUUAUCAACCAUAUUUAAUCGCUUGCCAAAUUCCACCAAAAUAUCAAAACCUCACACCAGCAUCAGUAUCGGUGGUGGAACAAGCUUGCGAUAAUGCCACAAAUAACCUUCGUGUCAUUUAUAAUAAACCCGAGAAUGGUAAGAAAAAGGAUUUCGCGGUUUGCGUUAAAGGUUUAGACUUCUUACACGACGAUUUAUCCGUUCGCUUAGUCGAAUGGAUUGAAAUGUUAAGUAUUCUUGGAGCAGACAAAAUAUUCUUCUACGAAUUACAAGUACAUCCAAAUAUUUCAAAGGUUUUAAAACAUUACGAACAGCUGGGUAAAGUUCAAGUUACUCCUUUAACUUUACCUGGAGGACAACCGAAUAUACCAGCAUUCCAACAUUUGUAUUUAACCAAAAAAACAAACCACAAACGUCAGAACGAAAUUAUUCCCUAUAACGAUUGCUUAUAUAAGAACUUGUAUACCUACGAGUAUAUUGUACUUUUGGAUAUCGAUGAAGUAAUAAUGCCCUUAAAUGUGCUAACAUGGAGAGAAUUAAUGGAUAUUGUAAUUCCAAAAUCACUCCAAAUACGGAAUCUUACAAGAGCAUCAUACAAUGUCCGGAAUGUAUACUUCCUGGAUGAUUUGCUCCACUCUCAUGGCUGGUUUAAGGGAGUUCCAAAAUAUAUGCAUAUGCUUCAACAUGUAUACCGAAGUCGACAUUUUACGAAACCGAAUCAAUAUGUUAAAUGUUUCCAUAAUCCAGAACGUGUUCUUACACUCCACAAUCAUUUCCCACUAGCAUGUCUAGGAUCCGGUUGCACAUCAUACCCAAUCGAUACAACCGACGCUCAGCUACAACAUUAUCGUGCAGAUUGUGUGAAAACAUUAAAAAAAUCCUGUGAACAAUUUCGUGAAAAUAGUGUAAUGGACACAGCAAUCUGGCGUUAUAAAGAAAAAUUAAUACCGCGUGCAAUGAAUACAUUAAAACAAUUAGGAUUUUUCUCUCAUUAUUAUUCCGAUAUAAAUAAUAAUAUUAUUAAUUAUAAUACAUCAAGUCGAAGAUGA